AUGGAGCAAGCUUCCAGGACUCGGGAUGCCAGCAACCCACACCAUAAGGAAGAACAAGGCGGACCUGAUGUCCAAGCUGAAGAGAUUCAAGCAGCCGAGAUUAGUGGUCGAGAUGAGAGAGAAAAGGGCGAAGGCAGGGCCAAUCGUCUAAUUGGUGAUCAUCAAAGGGUCCAUCCCAAGAAUUUGGUCGUGCUUAGCUUUCGAAGCCUGCAAUUACGAAGGAUUUCCGAGCUGCAGAGUGAUCUGCUUCGUCUGGCAGUUGAGACCGCGAGCGAUAUAGUCCCAGACGACAAGACAAAAGAAGUCGAUGAGAAAUUACGAGCUUAUUCCAAAGCUCUGCGGAACUACGAAACAUUGUCGGAGGGGGCUGUCCCAUUUAUCCCGCCUGAAACGGGACUUAUUGGUGUGAUGGAGCAGGGUGCAGUUAACCCUCCCGAACGGCAACCUCGAAUCUUUGGGUUCGCGAUUCAACCUGCUAUAUUUUCUAGCAUACUAUUCAGUCCAUCAUACGGCAGAGAUCUUAGAAAGCGUUUCGUGCGCUCAUCGUCUGAUACUCUCUCAGAUGCCAUCAAAUCCCUCGUCCCGGAAACGCCCUCACCAAUCCCAAAACAAACAGAAGAUCUUGCAGCCGGAAAUUGGGGCUAUCGUGGGCUAGACGAGCAUUUACGUGAUCAAAAUCAAGCGUUCUCGUCGCGCCUUAAUAUGGCGGCAUUCGGAGGAACAGCCUUCUAUAUUCCUAUGCUUAUCAUGACACUUGACCCUUCUACGGUCAAAGGUCUUCUUACUAUUUUGAUCUCAACGAUUGUGUUCGGUUUUCUUUUAGCAGUUAGCGCAACGGACAGCACGGGAAAGGAUGUUUUAGCUGCUACUGCUGCUUAUGCAGGUGUUUUGGUAGUGUUUGCUGGGUCUCUACCCAUUCCUGCAAGUUAG